AAGGGACCUUUGAUGUCUCUCUUUCUUUACUCCCUGUCUUGAUUGCUUCUACUGUAUAUAACCUGCUCUAAUCUGGAGGACAUCGUUGCCGUAUCUGUUCCCAAUCACUCUUCCACGAUGUGGUCUUAUCUACUGCUCAGUUUGUUUGCCGUCCAAAUUCACGCGAUAUGGCCAAUACCGUCGAGCUCGUCUAUGGGAGAAGGUGCCUUGUUCUUGGACCGCAACGUCAAGUUCAUCUAUAAUGGUGCCGCACAGUACGGAACCUACGGCCAAAAGAACGCUUCGUCGCAGAAGAUAAUCUCGACUGCUAUCAAGACGACUACCCAGACACUGUUCGAACAGAACUUCGUCCCAUGGAAAUUCCAUCCUCGUCACUCCGAUUUCGAACCUGCGAUGAAUGCUUCAUGCACCUAUAUCAAAUCAAUCCGUCUCGAACAGACUGAUAGCGAUCCGGCAAACGUAACGAAGCCUUUGGCCGGCGAUAUCGACGAGUCAUACUCGCUGUUCAUAACAAGUGAGGGCCAAGCCACCAUCAGCGCGGCUUCUUCGGUUGGUAUCGCUCACGGUCUGACAACCUUCACCCAAUUGUUCUACAAACAUUCCAGCGGAUCCGUGUACACACCGUAUGCUCCAGUAAAUAUCACAGAUGCUCCAAAGUUCCAGCACCGAGGCCUUAAUAUGGAUGUCUCUCGAACAUGGUACGCGCCUGCUGAUAUUACUCGAAUGAUUGAUGCCCUGGCAUACAAUAAGUUCAACCGUCUGCAUCUUCAUGUCACGGAUGCCCAGUCUUGGCCACUUGAGAUUCCAGCACUGCCUCUUCUUGCCGAAAAGGGCUCAUACCGGGAAGGAUUGACAUACAGUCCGUCGACGAUGGCACACAUUCAGGACUAUGGUGCCUCUCGAGGUGUCGAAGUGAUCCUCGAGAUUGAUAUGCCAGGCCACACUUCAUCCAUUGCCUACUCUUAUCCAGAAUUGAUUGCUGCUUUCAACGAGAAAGACUGGUCGACAUACGCUGCUGAGCCGCCAUCUGGAACCUUGAAGUUGAACUCCUCAGCUGUGACCGAUUUUCUGGACACACUUUUCGACGAUCUGCUGCCUCGAGUUCUGCCAUACUCUUCGUACUUCCAUACCGGCGGUGAUGAAGUCAAUGUCAAUGCCUACAACCUAGAUGAUACGGUGAGAUCGAAUGACACUGCGAUCCUCCAGCCAUUGAUGCAGGCCUUUGUCGAUAGAGCUCACGACAAGGUGCGAGCUGCUGGACUCACACCCAUCGCGUGGGAAGAAAUGCUCUUGACCUGGAACUUGACACUGGGACCUGACGUUAUUGUUCAGACCUGGCAGAGCGACGAAGCUGUUGCACAGACCGUCAGCAAAGGUCACAAAGCGCUUGUUGGCAACUACAAUUACUGGUAUCUGGACUGUGGUCAUGGUCAGUGGCUUGACUUUUACCCAGAGGUCGCUCAGAACUACUACCCCUUUUAUGACUACUGCGCGCCACUACACAAUUGGAGAAUGAUGUAUGCGUACGACCCGCUGAGUGGCGUGCCUGCAAACCUGACACACCUCGUCCUGGGUGGAGAAGUGCACAUCUGGAGUGAGCAAACCGACCCUGUGAACGUUGAUAGACAGGUGUGGCCACGUGCCUGUGCAGCCGCCGAGGUUCUCUGGAGCGGCGCCAAAGAUGAGCAAGGACAGAAUCGCAGUCAGAUCACGGCAAGUCCAAGAUUGAGCGAGAUGCGGGAGCGUUUGGUUGCGAGAGGUGUUGGCGCCGAGCCCAUUCAGAUGCCUUUUUGCGAAACCCAAUUGCGUCGAGUGCAAUCGGUAGCAAAUAUGGCCGUAACUCGGCUCGACGCAUCUUCUGACCACAGCUCGAUCCUGAUUGGCCUGGGCGGUCUUAUACUUGUAUUGCUUGUCGGACAUAUCUUUUCUAGAAUUCAGGAGGAACGCAAGAUUCGAUCCCUUGGAGCUCAUGCUCCUACUGUCAACUCAUGGAUACCCUUUGGUGUUGGGUUCAUAGCCAGAACUCUCAUUGACCAACGAAACCAUGCCAUGCUCGAUGGAUGGAAACGCAUCUUCGCCAACAGUUCUGGCACCCAUCCGUACACCCGUGAGAUAAGAACCAUAGGAAUGAGAAUCGUCUUGACGGCCGAUGAGGAAAACAUCAAGGCCAUUCUUGCCACGCAAUUCAAUGAUUACGGCAAGGGUACACAGUUCAACUACGAAUGGCAUGACUUUUUGGGAGAUAGUAUCUUCACCACCGAUGGCGAGAAAUGGCAUGCGUCGCGUCAACUCAUCCGACCUCAAUUUAUCAAGGAUCGCGUCUCUGACCUCGCAGUUUUCGAGAAACACUUGGACGUCCUUCUACCCAUGCUCGGCGGCUCACAAGCUGGCCAGACUGUGGAUGCCAUGGAUCUGUUCUUCAAGUUCACCCUGGACGCCAGCACUGCUUUCUUGCUGGGUCACAGCGUAAACAGCUUGGAAAACCCUCAGGACCGUUUCGCCGAUGCUUUCGCCGUUGUCCAAAGUGUACAGUCUGUGAUUGCUCGUUCCGGACCACUCAACCGAUUCGUACCACGCAAGGCAUUCUACGCUUCCCUUAAGAUCAUGGAAGAGUUCAUGCAGCCUUUCAUCGAACAGACUCUCCAAUUCACACCGGAAGAGCUCGAGAAGAAGUCCAAGUCAGACGAAGGCUAUAACUUUUUGUACGCGCUUGCUAGCUUCACGCGUGAUCGCACUGUCUUGAGAGACCAAUUGGCCGCUGUUCUGCUUGCUGGACGUGAUACUACGGCAUGCACCCUUUCUUGGAUGUUCUCGGAGAUCUCCAGAAGGCCGGACAUUGUCGCCAAGCUCAGACGUGAGAUUGAGGAACAUGUCGGUAUGGAAAACAAGCCUACCUACGCCAACUUGAAGAGCAUGCGUUACCUUCAGCAUGUUAUCAACGAGACCCUGAGACUCUACCCUAUUGUGCCUUUCAAUGUCAGAGUCGCCUUGAAGGACACGACUUUACCGCGUGGCGGUGGUCCAGACGGCACCCAGCCGAUCGGUAUUCCUGCCAACACGCCCAUCGCAUACUCGACUCUGUACCUGCAACGCCGUGAAGACAUCUACCCGCCCACCUCUGAGAAAUUCCCUCACUACCUCAGCUUUGAACCUGAUCGAUGGGAUGGUUGGAACCCGAAGAUGUGGACCUACAUUCCCUUCAACGGUGGACCACGUAUCUGUAUCGGCCAACAAUUCGCUUUGACUGAAGUGGGAUACACUGUCGUCCGCAUCUUGCAAACCUAUUCACGAAUCGAAUGCAAGAUGACCGAGCUUCCCAAGCUGAAGACGGACAUUGUGCUCCAGCCCUCUGACCCGCUCAACUUGGUUUUCCACCGAGACUAGAAGCCUCCGUCUAAGGCAACUCUGUCGUAUCUUUCGAGAUGCACCGAUUCAUGCUUGAGUCCUGUAUUGGAUAAGCCGAGCAAUACUGUUCACGAACUUGAGAAGCCGAGCGAACCCAUCACUGGUAUUCCGUACGGUUCCAAUAUCUGGUUGAUUGGUGGUCAAAGUCAGACCGGCGGAAGUGGGGAAAGGUCAAUCGAUGCUUGCGAUGUUAUCCGGCGUAAUUCCAACGAGUCGAUUUAGGGUCAGUAUCUCGGUGACGAAAUUGAUAACGAUCAUUCUCUAUACCUAACCAAUGCAUGAAUUUAUUGUUCUUCC